CGACGAGAGAGAGGAGAUCGAGAUCCAGGUCCGGCCAUUCUCCUGUUGGAGUUGUUUCAGUCAGUGUGCUCUUCUUGAGAGUGAAGCGACACAAUUAUGCCGAACGCAUGCCUAUCGCUUUAGUCGACUAGAACAACCACGAGACUGGCAUAAUCACGAGGGCAACAGAAUAAGAAUUCAUAGUCUUAGCGAGCAUUAAUAGUCUAGGGACUGGUUCUGGUAUGCUAGCCAGUGAUAGACUCCAUGAUGAUGAAACUAGAAACAAAAAACGCGAAGAUGAAACCCAAUCGAUCACUCCUCCGCUAACAGGCGACUCUAUUAUGCCCCACUGCACCUUGUUGAGGUAGUGGCAAGGAAUCCAAGGAGAAGCUGUUUCUUAAUCUUAAAAACUAACGCCAGGAAUGUGCAAAAACGCAUCAAAUUCAGAGUUUGUAAAGUAUCUAUAAUUUCAUUUUCACUAAAUAAGAACUAAACAACAAUUAACAGUGAUUUUUAAGUUCUUGCUACAAAGAAAUUCUGUAUGAUCUUCACUAUGUAUACAUAGUCGUUGGCAUUGAAUAAAUAAGACGUCCUGGUGGCUUUAACAAGUAAGUAAGAUUGCAUUCGUAUUCGUAUAGCAAAAAUAGAGAGAAGCAAGUUGUUGUAAUAAGUAGCAUAUUCAAUUUCAAUCGAUUGUUAUUCUCAACAUUGGUCUUGUUCUUCAGCUGUACCUCAACAUUCAGCAAGAUCAGCAUCACAAUCACCAGCUUUUUUAUCAUCAUACUUACAAAGAAAAAGAAUAUUAACAACAUAACUUUUUCAACUCACGGAAUCGAUAUAAAAAGCUACCGACUUCCUCUUCCACUACAAAAUGGGCAACUGUGCUGCCAAGAAAGGUCCGGGUUUGACCCCGGAUCAGGAGAAGAGUGUGCAGAUUGUCCAAACCAUGUUCGGUAUGUGGGGCGAGGGCAAAUUCAAGACCGACCUGCCGGAAGCGGAGUGGACUGCCAAUAUGGAAGCAGUGUUGACCAAGGACUGCGUUUGGGACUUCACUGGUCCGAACAUCGCGAAGUACAAGAAGUACGACGGUGUGGCGGCCUUCAAGGAAUGGAUGGCGUUCUUGGAGAAGUGGGACUUUCCCAGCAUGGCUCCUCAGUUCAUCGCCGGACCUUCGGGAAGUAACUUGGCUUUCAUUUAAGGGUAGUUUAUCACUAUCACUAUCCCAUGUGAACUAUGCUGAGUUGGCUCCCCCUUGAUUUCAAGGGGAGACUGAUGGGGAAAGACAAGAACUCACUCCACCUGGGAUAGUAAAAGACUACCUUUAACUCAUGUACAUGCAGUACGAUGCGAAGUUUGGGGAGAGCGAGAUGAAGGGCAACACCGACGUCUUCGUCUUCAACAUUUCUGGCGGUAAGAUCAAGUCCUGCAAACAGUACUGGGGGAAGAUUGGCGAAAUCAACGAAAAAAUGGGCAAAGAACUGCAGGAGGACGCGUAUCAAGCCGGCGACCAGAAGGCAAACAUGGGAGUUAUCAUGACGAUGUUCGGCAACUGGGGAGCGGGAAAAUACAAGACCGAUUUGCCGGCGGAUGAGUGGAAGACCAACGUGUUGCAAGUGUGGUCCCCUGAUGUCGCUCUGGACUUCCGCGGCCCGGCUUCGAAGAAGUACAAGAAGUACAGCGGAGUUGAUGACGCCAAAAUCUGGAUGACCUAUUUGGAUGCUUGCGAAUUUCCCAACAUGGCUCCGACCUUCUUUCCGGGACCGCCAGGCUCCGGUAAGGUUUACAUUCGCAUGCAGUACGACAUGAAGUACAAGGACGCCGCUUGCUCUGGCUUGACGGACCUGAUGGAAUGGACUGUGAAAGACGGAAAAGUUGUUUCCAUGCGCCAGCACUUCGGCGACGCUGAUGUUCUGAACGCUACCUACGGUGAAAUCUGGGCAGCCGAAGACGCAGAGUAAGAAGUUCUUCGUGUCCCUAGUAUAGAAUACAUGGAUACAGCACGGCGACCUCGUUUGUAAGAAGGAACUAAAGAACUUCAUAGGGCUACAACUGGAUGUGCGGCAACGGCAUGCGCAUACUUACCGUUGUAGGGAGGUUAGAUCAGAUCGUCUUCAUCUUUAUCGAUGAUGAAAGAACAUCAAAAAAGUGUGCACAGAGACAUGACUAAGAAAGACUUGAUAUUGAGUAGUAAAUCUUCGUCUACUCAUUCUCGUGAUUUAAUCCUCGACGAGGACUAACUUCUAGUAUUAUAAAGUACAAAUUUUAGUAUUCAUACUCAUGGUAGGUGGACAAGCACGAUAAGAUGAUGUAGAAUUGAAAUGGAUUCUUUGUAGUUCAAGUCAAAGACUGUAUCUUGAAGAUGACGUCGCGGUGAAACUGUAAAGCUGCAGCCAUGCUGUAAGUAGAAUUGUCUUCCGCAUACAGCAGCUGUUGUUUGACGCAUAAGUUUAUUGAGUGUCGACUUCAACUUCUAUUGUUAAUAUAUAAGAAUAAUUCAGCAAAAAUAUUCAGAAUAGCUACGCCUUCAGGCAAUGGUGGAAAGCAUGAUAUUACUGUUUCAUUUUCCAGUGGUGAUUCAUUUAGACUUUGCGCAUUCGAGCAGACGUUGGUAUUGUCACCACGACUAGAGGGAAAGUUUUUCUUUUACGUGUUAGUUAUAAUCAAAAAGAAAUACUUAGCUUUAGCUAAUUGUUGGGCCGUCGAUCAAUGUUUCGAAUUCGAUAUAGAACUGUAGUAGCUAUAAAAAUACUAUUUCAAUCCAUGAAGAUGACUUUUCGAUCAUCGAGGUGACAUGAUAGGCUGAAUAUCCAUCCUCUGGUGGAAGUAGACUUGAAACUUGAGGCAUCUGGAUUUUCGAUAAUAUCACCUAAUGGAUUGAUUAUACCAGUGGGCGUUUAAGCUUCAUCUACUUCAUCGAAAAAUAAAUGACCAUUGUAUAUUAGGGCAGCCGCAACCUCAAGGUGCUGGAUUUCAAAUCUUGCUUUCAUGAUUGACAUUACAAUAUUCAUCAAGUGAUGGCGUUAAAAAAGAGAAUUCAAGAUAGAGUAUUGGUAAAGGUAAAAAAACGUAAAGUAAGCAUUAACCACCUCUAGGAUUAGGUUCUAAUUAGUGCAUCAACAUGAUAGAUAUUAGUAAACAAGUAAGUGGGAGUAGGAGUACUAGUAAAGUGAUGUAAUAUUUAUUAAUUUCUAGAGAUGAAAGUACUACAACAAGUACAACUACAUCUGGAGGAUCUAUAUGGAAAACACUUUUUAUUUGAGUUUUUUUUACACAGAUGAACAAACACAAUGCCUGGAGAGCGACAGAAUCGCAACACAUUUGGGAGUCCGCCAUAUUCGACGCACGUCAUUGCAACUUCCUUCAGGGUUCUUCUACUUUUUCGCUCGUCGUCGACGUCAGGUUUUUGUUGCAUUCGAAAAUGAAAAAAAUCGCGUAUUAAUCCCCAUUCCGUCUUUUUGAGCAGUUGAAGCAAAUAUUAAAGUGUUCAACAUCUUCUUAAUCUUCAUUGAGAGUAACUGUUGCAAUCAACACUAC